AAACCAUUAUUAUUGACAUAAGUAAACAGUGUCCAUAUUUUUUUAUACGCUGCUCUACUAACGUUUGGCUCAUCUUUAUUGCCUUACACAUUCAGCAAUGAUACACGACCCGGGCAGGACGGGCCUCUGUGUUCUGCCAGAAGACUGCUGAUCGCCGAGCAGCCGGAUGCAGUCUGCUGGGACUGCGGGAGGAGGGGCGCCGGUCGGCGAUGACGUCACCUCCGGUACCUCCGGCGAGGAGAGGAUGGUCACAGUCUCCUUCGCCACUUCGGAGCAGCGAGAGGACUCUGUCAACACGGUGGACGUGCGGGCGAGCUCCAGUGGCAGUGGCAGUGGUCUGAUGAGCCAGUCGCUGUGUUGCCGUAUCUGCCUGGGCCAGAGCGAGGAGGCGCUGCUGUCUCCCUGCCAUUGCGUGGGCACACUGGCCUUCGUGCACCGCUCCUGCCUGGAGAAGUGGCUCAGCAUCGCUGGUCGCGACUACUGCGAGCUGUGCGGGCACAAGUACCGUGUGCUGCGGGAACAUCUUUACAGCAUGUGCGCCAGCCUUUGGGCCUGGGCGCUCCACCCCAGUGUGCGGGAAGAUAUGUACCAUGGUGCCUGCAUUGUGGUCUUUUGCACAUCCGUGGUGGCGCUGCUCGUGGUGGCGCGCGGCGGCGCGGGCCCGGACGACCCCUUCGCGACCGUGUUGUGCGGCGUCGCGGCGCUCGCGCUGGUGGUGCUCCUGCACGCGCUCGUGAGGGCGCUGCUGGUGGAGUGGUGGCGCUGGUGGCGCCACUGCGCGCGCAUGCGCCUCUACCUCGACGACUAGCGGCGCGGCUCCUCAUGGCUGCCUGCGUGGAGCAUGUUGCCAGUCACACAGGCUCACACAGAACAAUGUUGUUCUUUUUAAUUAACUGCGUUGUAGUUGUAAUUAAAAAUAAAUAACUUAACUGGCGAUACGAGAGUCAAGCCAGUUUAAA